AGAGGCUCAUCGCGCAGCCUGGACUACCGGUCCAGGCGAUAAUUUCUCCUUAACCCUAACAUCGAAAUGCUCCCAAGAUCUCUUCCCUGAGAAAAUCUGUUCACUUUACAUCCUCCAAUUCUAGUCCGAGUCUCACGCAGGACUAGAAGAAGGUUUUUUCGAUUCUAGGGUUUACAUUCUGUUGCUCCUCACCGAGCAGAGAAAUAGAAGAAUUUCCAAUUGAAACUUUACAAUUUCUUCAACUAGGUAAGUAUUAGGCAUGGCUACAGCAGAGCCUGCUCCAGCUUCCCUUGGUCCCCGGUAUGCACCUGACGAUCCCUCCCUUCCGACACCAUGGAAGGGUUUGAUUGAUGGAAGCACAGGUGUUUUGUACUACUGGAAUCCUGAAACCAACGUUACCCAAUAUGAAAAGCCAGCCUCUUUGACACCUCCAUUGCCAACGGGCCAGCCUCCGGCUGCUUCUACGCCCAUGCUGGCUUCAAUACCAGUGGCCCAAUCGAUACAACCAAGUGGUUUGGUGGCUCAGGUUGGGCAACAGAUAACACAAGCCCCUCAACAACAGGGGCAACAAGUGAGCCAGUUAUCUCAACAUCACAGACAAGCGAUGGCACAACAGCAGCAGAGUUCAAUGGUGGCACAGGUUUCUCAUCAUCAGGGCUCUCAAGUGGCACAAGGUGGACUGCAACAGAGUUCACAAUUGGGACAGCCCAUGCAACAGCAGGGGCAACCAACACUGUCACAGCCACAGCAAUUCAUGCAGCAAAUGUUGCAAUAUCCAGGUCAGCAGCCAAUUCAGCACAUGCCUCAGCAGUCCGCCCAGCACGUGCUGCAGCAGCCAGGGCAGCAAAUCCCACAGCAAACCAUUCAACAAAUGCCUCAGCUUCAAGGUUCACAUGUGACACAACCCCAAGCACAUCAAUUUACACAUCAGCAGCUGCAAUACAUGGCAUAUCAGCAAAGCAUGCUUCCACAGGGGCAGCAAAGUUCACAGCAGCAGACCCCGCAUGGUGCACGAGGGCAGCCAUUUACAAAUCAACAGGAGUAUAAAGUUGCAUUCCCAAAUAGGGAAGAAGUUGAUUUUCAAAACGGAAACCAAAUUGGAGUUUCUCCAUCCCAUUUCCAGCAAACUGGCGCCUCAUCUGUUCAGAACCUUCCUGCUGGUAGCAACUCGGUUCAUAUGCCACAAAUGGGUGUUCAUUCAGGUCAAGCCCAACAGUAUGGUGGUUCUUCAGGGAAUGUGCAACAGUCUCCCUCCAUGGGUCAAAUGCAGCAAACUAGGAUUGAUGUGGCUCACCUGCAACAUGGUCCUAGGUUUCAAAAUCAGAUGGGUCCAAUGAUGCAUAGUCAGCAGUCUAAUGUGCCUCCUGUUGGAUCAAAGAUCGGGCAUGAGGAUAGUAUACAUGGUAGAAUUGGAAAUGAAUAUUACUUUAAUGCUAACAAGGAAGGGCCAAUUAAUCCCCAGGAUCCCAAGCUUGCAGUGAUACCCAUGGCAAGAAAUCCGCAGGAGAAGAGGGUCAGUGGUGUCCCUUUUCAUAAUGCCAUGCCUGGUCGUACCAGUGGGCCGAAUGCUGUCACAGGGCAUGCCGUGCAUAAUAUAUAUAGUCAUGCAACAAGUGGUCCACCAUUCUCAAGUAAUGCUUUGAUGAGGCCUCCUUAUAUGGGAUCUACAGAUGUUGCUAGUCUCUCACCCACUGAAGCUUACUGUCAACAGCACGAAGUUACAGCAACGGGUGACAAUGUUCCAGCACCAUUCAUGACAUUUGAAGCAACUGGUUUCCCUCCAGAGAUAUUGAGAGAGAUAUAUUCUGCUGGUUUCACAUCUCCCACACCAAUUCAGGCGCAGACAUGGCCAAUUGCCCUGCAAAGCAGGGACAUAGUCGCAAUUGCAAAAACAGGUUCUGGGAAAACAUUGGGCUAUUUGAUCCCUGCCUUCAUUCUUCUUAGACAUUGCCGUAAUAAUUCUCAGAAUGGCCCAACAGUGUUGGUUGUGGCUCCAACCCGGGAACUUGCUACGCAAAUACAAGAUGAGGUCAUGAAAUUUGGCCGAUCAUCGGGAGUCUCUUGCACGUGCUUAUAUGGUGGUGCUCCAAAGGGUCCACAACUAAAAGAAUUAGAUCGAGGAGCAGAUAUUGUUGUUGCAACUCCUGGUCGGCUCAAUGACAUCCUUGAGAUGAAGAAGAUUGACUUUAGACAAGUUUCACUUCUUGUACUUGACGAGGCUGAUCGAAUGCUUGACAUGGGUUUUGAACCUCAAAUUCGUAAGAUUGUUAAUGAGAUACCCCCACGCAGACAAACUCUUAUGUACACAGCGACGUGGCCCAAAGAAGUAAGAAAAAUAGCAAGUGAUCUUCUUGUUAAUCCUGUUCAGGUUAACAUUGGCAGUGUUGAUGAGCUUUCUGCAAACAAGGCUAUCACACAGUAUGUUGAAGUAGUCCCACAAAUGGAGAAACAGAGGCGCUUGGAGCAGAUCCUUAGAUCCCAAGAACGAGGUUCAAAGGUCAUUAUUUUCUGCUCCACAAAGAGGUUGUGUGAUCAGCUUGCACGUAGUAUUGGACGUAGCUUUGGGGCUGCUGCAAUUCAUGGAGACAAGUCUCAGGGUGAGAGAGACUGGGUUUUAAAUCAAUUCCGGAGUGGAAAGUCUCCUAUAUUGGUUGCCACUGAUGUUGCUGCCCGUGGGCUUGACAUCAAAGAUAUAAGGGUGGUGAUCAACUAUGAUUUCCCUACUGGGGUUGAGGACUAUGUCCACCGAAUUGGAAGAACUGGGAGGGCUGGUGCAACUGGAAUUUCAUAUACCUUUUUCUCUGAGCAGGACUGGAAAUACGCAGCUGAUUUGGUCAAAGUUCUGGAAGGAGCUAACCAGCAUGUGCCUCCAGAGGUGCGAGAGAUUGCUUUACGUGGUGCACCAGGUUUUGGCAAGGAUCGGGUUAGCCAUUUUGAUUCCGUUAGUAGCGGUGGUGGUUAUGGUCGGUAUGAUUCUGCUGGCCGUGGUGGCAUGAGGGAUGGCGGAUUUGGUGGCCGGGGUGGCAUGAGGGAUGGUGGGUUUGUUGGACGCGGAGGCAUGAGGGGUGGCAAUUUUGGUGGACGUGGAGGCAUGAGAGAUGGUGCGAUUAGUGGACAUGGUGGGAAAAGUGAUUUCUUUCCUGGUCGUAGCAACAGGGGACGAGGAUUUGGUGGUCCUGGUGGUAGUCAUGUUGGUCGGGGCAGGAAUGAUCGUGGCCCAUAUGAUCGAUACAACAAUAUGGACAGCCGUGGACGAGGUCGUGGACGGGGAAGAUUUGAUAACAGAAGAGACGUUGCUGAUAGGAGUAGAGGUAGAAGUUACAGUCGUAGCCCUGAAAGAGUUCGAACAUGGGGUUAUAGUGGCAGCCGCAGCCGCAGCCGCAGCCGUAGCCGAAGCAGGAGUAGGAGCUGGAGCAGGGGUCGUAGUCAUAGCCGAAGCCGGUCUCGUGGCCGUGGUGGUAGCUACAGCCGCAGCCGCAGCCGCAGCCGCAGCCAUAGCCGCAGUCCUAGCCGCAGCCGUAGUCGCAGCUAUGACAGAUAUGAGAGGGCCGAGAGGCCACAAAGAUUCUCUGAUAAACCAGAUACCACAGUGCCUGAAUUCGAGGCUGCUCCUGAAUCAGGGAUGUCUCCUAUGUCCCCAGGCACACGUGAUAAUGCAUCUCCUGGAGCUGAUCUGAUUGCACAGCCAUCAGUGGUUGAAAGUACCGAGGGUCCACAGCCAGAGGAUGGCAUAGACUCGUGCCAUCAGUCAGCUACCGAACCUCAAGUUUGACGCAUUUCUGUUUAUUUUUUCUUGUUAGUGAGGGUGAUUUGUGGUUUGUGUUAUUUAAGUGGCUGUUUUGACCUCUCACUUUAGUCAAGACUGGCUUCCUAUGAUGAUUUUGGUGACAGCAAGUUGAGGUUGGGUCGAAAGGAUUGGAAUUUGUAAUAUGUGAUCGUUCUUGACAAGGUUGCCUGCUGCUGCUUCCGGUGGUAAUAGCUGUUUUAGGAUAAUUGAGGGUUCUUUCUAGAAAUUUAGUCUUAUUGUAACUCUUCGAACUCAUUUUUCACCGAUAGGAGGACUCGCUAUUUCUAAUCCAGUGGUGGUUGAAAUUUGGUACGGGAAAGGGUGUUUAUUGUGAUUGAAAUGAAGGUGUUGAGGUGGGACUUGGGAUGGACAAUGUGGUUCCUGCCUUGUAAUCUUCUCCAUUUGAACACAAUUACUUGGCAAUGUCAUGAAUUAUUAUAUUUUUUUCAGUUA